UAGAGCCGGGCUGAAGCAGCAUCCGCAGCCGGGGAAGAGGCGCCUCCAGAAGUCGGAGUCAUGUUCGGGGGACUGUCCAGGGUCUUCGAGGACGACCCCUUCUUUCGGGAUCCAUUUGCUGCACAUAAUGAACAUCUACGGCGUUUCUUCUCUGAGCCUUUUGGGCGAGAUCCAUUUCUUGCCAUUAAAGAUGGUGGACACGGAAAUCUAGAUCAUAGAGGGCAUCCUGAUUCUGGUAUGGCUUUGAGGGACAAUCACAAGGCGAUGAGCUGUCCCCUAAUGCCUUUUGGCAGUUUUGGUGGCAUGGCAACAAGUUUUCCGCUUAUGCCUUUUGGCAGUUUUGGUGGCAUGGCCAUGAGUUUUCCCCUCAUGCCUUUUGGCUGUUUUGGUGGCAUGAACAUGGAUUUCAGGGAUCCUUUCUCUGCUAUGGACAGAAUGAUGUCAAACAUGAGAAACAGUAUGGUGGAAUUGCAAAGAAAUUUUGAUAAAAUGGCAUUUGAUCCAAAUGCACACUCAUUCAGUUCUUCCUCAGUGAUGACCUAUUCCAAGAAGGGUGAUGAACCUCCAAAGGUUUUCCAGGCUUCAGCUCAGACACGUGUGGCUCCUGGAGGGAUUAAAGAAACCAGAAAAGCAGUUAAAGAUUCUGAAAGUGGGAUGGAAAAAAUGUCUAUUGGUCAUCACAUUCAGGAUCGUGCUCAUGUUGUUCAGAAGGCGAAAAACAACAAAACUGGUGAUGAAGAACUGAAUCAAGAAUUUGUCAAUUUAGAUGAAGCUGAAGCUCAUGCAUUUGAUGAACAAUGGCAGAAGGAGAUUCUGAGGUUCAAGCCCUCUGGAGGAAGAAACAAUAUAAAUGCACCAAGACAUAGAAGUAUCCAUCAUGUAAGCAAGGAAGAUGCAACCAGAAGGGAGAAGACGUACCCAAAGACAGCCAUAGAGGGACCCAGAAGGCCUAAAUCAUCUAUGGAGAAGCUCAAUGUCAAGGGAUCACAUGUUCCUCUCAAAACCAGCAAAAAAUAAAUGGCUGUGUUGCUUUUCAUAUUAAUCUGGCUGUUUUGGGGAGGACACAAUAUCUGGAUCAAUGAAUAAGACCAAGCUCUCUGUUCUUAGCAGUAGUGAUUUUGCUCUUUGACUACUGAAUGUUUGUGACAGCUCCAACUCCUUGGCAAUAUUUGCUUUCGAACAGUAGAAGAAAAACAUUAAUACUGAAAAGCACUUUAUGGAGUUCUUACUGUUUUAGCAUCAGCCAGAAUGUUACAGCACAACUGCUCUAGCAAGUGUGGAGACAACUACAUGUACACGGUUUCAAGGAGUACAGUUAAUAAACUGCUGUUUGUAACUCAAGCAGUACUGCUGUGUUUUUGGUCAGUCAAAGUCUAGAGCAUCGGGAAGACAUAGCUUUAAAGCAAUACUUUACUGAGAAGCAUGUGUACUACACUUGUAUUAAACAGUCAAUAUUGAUAGAUGAGUCUUGCAAAAAAGGUCAGGUAAAUUGCUUAAAUAAAACUGAAUUUUGCCACCAUUCUCUCAAUUUCGUGUAUCCCUUAGCACAGCCACCUCUCCUAAAUUGUUGAUCAUUCUGCUGCUUUGGAGAAUGAUUCUGUAUUUCAGAUUUGUCAUACUCCUUGCUAAAGUUAAGUAGCAUGUUGCUAGUCCCUACCCUAUAGCAAGAAACCACUGUCCCACCACAGUGAGCUAUUUGGGCAGAUUGGUGUCGGGAGCCAUAUUUGAGCUAGUGAACAACCCAGAAGUGUAAUUCAUUGCCACUCUUGUGAAGGAAAAGCUGAUUCCAGUGUUCUAGAUUAAUGAUUAGAUAUAAUGGGUUAAAAAACUUAAUCUGAAUAGAAAAGCCAUUAGUUUCCAUGUUUUUCUUUUUAUAUUUUAAUUGUCUUAAUUUUUGUAUACAACCUGUGAUUUGGUAAUGAAAAGGUGGUAUAAAAAUACUUUAAAUAAAUAAAAAGGAAAAUGCUGUAUAUGAUGACAGUUUAGAAUAAGGUACCAGCAUUACAUUGCCUAAAUCAAACUAAUAACAAGUUACGUUUUCUGGGGAGAAAAAAUACCAAGAAUCUGAAUUGCAGAAUUUUAAUAUUUAGGACUGCACAUUCUGAUUCCCUCUCUGAAACAUAAUUAUUUUAUUAUGUCCCAAGUAGAUCUGUCUGUUAUGGUUUGCACUAGUUUGUUUCCCCUCUGUUUUUAAUAAAGUAGCUUUCCUUCUGAAUCAUAUUUUGAUGUGUUUUAUUGUUAAUAAUUGAUUUUAGUUUGUAAAAUUUUAAUAUUCAUGAAUAAAAGUAGUCAUUUUUAAUUGGAAAAUAUAUUACCACUGAAACCCAUUUCACCUUUCAAAUUGUAGAUCAUAGCAAAAAUCCACAAAAAACCACUUCAGGUGAUUCAGAAAUGCUUCUAGCAUGCAUCUUAAGACUAACACCUUUACUACUUUUGACUCUCCAUCUCUCUCUUGAAGAUGCUUUCCUCUUAUUCAUGCUUAUUUGGUUUUUCCUUUGUUUGAUUUAUUCUGUUUUGAUGAGAAAGUUACAGAGUACAGAUGCAGAAGGCUGGGGGCAUUAUGUCUUUCAAAACAUAGAAUCAUAGAAUAGCAGAGUUGGAAGGGGCCUACAAGGCCAUCGAGUCCAACCCCCUGCUCAAUGCAGGAAUCCACCCUAAAGCAUCCCUGACAGAUGGUUGUCCAGCUGCCUCUUGAAUGCCUCUAGCAUGGGAGAGCCCACAGCCUCCCUUGGUAACUGAUUCCAUUGUUGUACUGCUCUAACAGUCAAUGUUGCAACCAAACAUUGUUGCAAAAAAAAUAAAAAUUAGAGAAAGAUUACACUUUUGCUUUCAUAGCAAAGAUGCAGAUUUGCUGGAUGUGUGAAUUCCCAGUGAAAUAUUCAUGCUGCUCCCAUUCUUUUAAUAGAUGAGACUUUAUAAAGCUUUUUUUAAAAAAUGUAAGGUUAUAGUGGGAGUUGUAGGCCUUUUUUUCUGUCUAAACUAGCAUAGGAUUGUGCCCUAAGUGAAUUUGUGGAUUCUACAAGUUUGUUCAAACAUUGCCUUUGCAUAGCAAUAGGUUUGGGAAAGUUUGAAUUUCUGAAAUUUGAAUGACUAUGUGUUAGGACAUCUUACAAACUAUCCAACAUAACAAAUAAAAGUGAAGGAACUGUACAGUUACUUCCUUCAAUAAAGUAUCUUGGUCUAUUAGAAGUAUUCACUCUUUAAAGUUGUGCAGGGCAGAAAUGUAUAUGUAUACAUAUUCUUGAUGCUAAAUAAAUAUUUGCCUAAUCUUA